CUGCUUGAAGAAGCUUAGACGGUUAAGGGGGUCAGAGACAAACACUUGUCUCUGGUGGGGUGUUUGACUAAGGCAAGAAGUACUCGAUUAUAGUUGCCUACGCUCUUUUGGAAUACUCAGUGCCUUGUGGCCGGUUAAGGCUUGACCCAGGUCAACAUGCUGACUUUGCUGGAAAAUGCUAGUAAGAGGCGGCCUUAUCCAAUUGGCAAAGUGAAUGGAGCGCUAGCUAAUUGCGCCCUUGACGAUCCGCAAGUGGAUUCUUCCUCCGAAAGUGAAGAUCUCAGUGACUAUGAGCAGGAGUUCGUUAAAGCUGAGCUGAAGAAAUAUGCCAAGGGACCUUCCGUGCAAACUAGCGGAUUCGGGGAAGAUGUGAGUUCUAUCGGGGACUUGGUCCCGUGCCUCUCGCCCCAAGGAAAAUCCGAUCCAGCGGAAGUAUACCAGAAGCACAACUUCACCGUCUCUUCCGACAUGAAGCCGGAUUUGCCAAUUGAUUCUCAACGGUCGCAGAUAUUGUCAAGAAUCGACUUGAACCAGGUUAUCGUCAUCCAAGGUGCCACCGGCUGUGGCAAGACUACUCAAGUGCCCCAAAUGAUUAUGGACGAUUUAAGGCUGAAGAACGAGUACUGCAACAUUGUGGUGACACAGCCAAGGAAAAUUGCUACCAUCAAUGUAGCCAAGCGCGUUUGUGAGGAGCGAGGAUGGACGUUGGGGACUGUUUGUGGAUAUCAGGUGGCGUUGGAGAAGAAAAUAUCCGAAAAUCAGAUCGUCACCUACAUGACGAUCGGCAUUUUGCUACAGAAACUGAUCCGCAAAGGAAGCCUUCGCGAAUACACGCACAUCAUCAUCGACGAAGUUCAUGAACGGAACCAGGAGCUCGACUUUCUGCUGUUGAUUGUGCGCAAGUUUUUGUUCAGCGAAAGGGGAGAUUCUUUCAACACGAAGGUUAUCUUGAUGUCGGCCACCAUAAAUGCGGAAGACUUUGCGCAUUAUUUCCGCCGACAGGUGGCUGGCCAGAUCAUUUCGGCACCCAUCCUAAAAGUCAACAAACCGUCGCAGUACACGAAGACCGUCUUCUACUUAGACCAGAUAUCGGUCUUCAGGGGCGAGAUGGCCAAGUUCGACAUAGGCAAGCCAGAGAUUCCUGCGGCUACCUGGAGAGAGUUUGCUUUUCUGGUGCGAGUCUUCGACAAGAUGUCUUCAAAUAUUGACGGCGACGAUAACGUGAAUUUCGGAAGCGUCCUGGUCUUCCUACCAGGAAUCAAUGAAAUUGAGGAAGCCCACAAAUUGCUGCUACAAGAGGGCCAACUGGCGGAUCCUCACUCGACUGUGAAGCGGCUGAAAUGGGACAUCAUUCCAUUGCACUCGUCGUUGCCCAAUGAUGAGCAGGCCCAGGCCUUCAAACGCCCCAAGCCCGGCUACAGAAAGAUAAUUCUCUCGACGAACAUCGCGGAGAGUUCGGUCACAGUGCCGGACACCUGCUACGUGAUCGACUUCUGUCUCACCAAGGUGAUGACCGUCGAUCCGGUGACCAAAUACAUGAGCCUCAAGCUGGAAUGGGCUUCGCAUGUGAAUUGCGAACAGAGGGCCGGCCGAGUGGGGCGCACAUGCGACGGAAGAAUCUACCGCCUGGUCUCCAAAGAAUUCUACAGCGUGGAAAUGCAACGGACCAGCUUACCGGAGAUUCUGAGGGCGCCUCUGGAGCGGACCGUGCUGCAGGCCAAGAUGCUCGGUCUGAGCGAAACGCCCGCUCAGACGCUGGCUCUGGCCUUGAAUCCGCCCAACCUAAAGAACAUCCAGUCUACGCUCUGGCACUUGAAGGAGAUUGGAGCGAUGUUGCGCACCUGCCGCGGCAUCUCAUCCACGUCUGAUGGCGACAUAACGUUUAUGGGCCAGUUGAUGGCCAGUCUACCUGUCGACGUCCAUUUGUCCAAGCUGAUUAUCUUGGGACAACUGUUCAGUUGCCUGGACGAGACGGUCGUCAUUGCAGCCGGAUGUUCGAUUCAAAAUAUCUUCUCAAUCCCGUAUCAAAAACGCCUGGAAGCGUACCGAAAGAUCCUCCUGUGGGCGGACGGGUCCUGCAGCGAUCUCAUCGCCCUACUGAACUUGUACACGGUGUGGCAGACGAAGACGCGCGACAACUCAUUUGGGAGUCGCAACAGCGAGCUGGAAUGGUGUAAGAGAAACUUAGUGAACCUCAAGGGCCUGCGAGAGUGGAAACUGCUGGUCACCGAGAUCCAUCAGCGUCUGGAGAGACUGCAAAUCCGAGAGACUGCGGGUCCGGGAAAGAUUAAUCUGACGCGCACCGAGAAGCCCACAGUGCUCAAGGUUAUCAUGGCCGGGGCGUUUUACCCGAACUUCUUUAUUAAGCCCGCAAACGGAGAGCUGGAGAGCGAAAGAGAGGCGGUCAAGACGGUGGCCGGUCGAUGUCCCUUCAACACGGUGUACCUAAGCGGAUUGGAUCCGAAGCAGCCCGGGCACAUUUACGUAAGGCAAAUCAAGCGUCUGGUACAGGAUCUGGACGACAAGGCCGACGUCCACAUCGGCUUCGAUGGCAGCACGAAAAUCUUCGUGGAGUUCAAGAGCAACUCAGGCGAGCCACUUCCCGUCAACGUUGACGGAUUUAGCGGGUUGGCGUGCGCCCCUGGCCGUAUUCCCCGCCCAGUCUACGAAGCCAUUCGGCGCAGACAGUUAAAGUACAACUUUCAGUUAAAGCUGUUGCCGCCCAAACAGGCCUGGGACUUUGCUGAGCGUCAUAAAGCACACAGCACCAACAGCGCCCCCAUCGAAGUCACUCCAAACUGCUUCUCCACCAUAGAAUACACGGCGCUGCCUGCGUCUUGCACCCAAUUUAUCCAGUUGCACAUUGCAGCCUACAUCGAUGCCGGCCACUUCUGGGCGCAGAAUGCCGACGACAGAACGAACGAGCUGCUGCAACAGAUCGAGGAGGCGCUCAACAAGCAAGUGCUGAAAAAAGUCGACGAGCCGCUGAAGAUUGGCAAGGUCUAUGCCACACGCUUUAGGCAAGAUGGACUGUUUUAUCGGUGCAGGCUCACGGCUUCAGCUGGUCGUAGCAACGAGGUGUUAUUCAUCGACUACGGCAACAUGCAGGAAGCGUUAGCGGAAGAACUGUUUUAUUUGCCGCAACGCCCGCAGUGCUUCAUCCCCCCGUUGGCGUACGAGUGCAUUAUGCAUGGAAUCAAGCCGGCCUAUAGGCACAACCCUCUAGGGGUCUGGCAUGAGAAGGUGAACGGCCACUUUCGACGCUGGAGCAACGGCAUUUUGCUCUAUGGCGAGGUUUAUUCCGUGGUCAACGAGGUGGUAGAGUUGGACCUGUACCGAAACCCCAUAAAGGACCUGUCCUUGAACGAUUACUUGAUCAGGGAAGGAUUUGCGGACAAGAGCUCGCCCAGUUACCUUUCGAAGUGCGACCACGACCGCAGACUGCAGAUCCAGAGCGCCCAUAAUCCCUCGGAGGAAGCACAGCGCUUGGAUGGAGUGGAAAAAAUAAUUAGCUUCUCCGACUUUGUCGAUCCAAAUGUAAGCGCCAGCGAUGCAAUAAUUGCACCUCUGCGCGGCCCCUUCAGUCCUCUUGAAGCAAGUGUGUACGGCUGCAUCUCGAUGUCGAACUCUAAAUCCGUUAAGAUCGACGGCAGUUCUAUCAACACGGUGUUGCUAGACACCGAGCCAGAGAGCCGGCAUGGCAGACUAUUAGUGGCUGCUUCCGUGGGCCAAUCAGUGGACGGCACCAGUCUGCGCUUGCGGCAAACGACGCUGAUGCCCAACGUGCCGGGUCUUCCCAUGAUGUUAGCCGCCACUUUUUGCCCCAACAUGGAACCUAAAGUCACCGCGGACAAUUCAUUGGUGGGGGCUAUACUGUGUGGAAUGGGCUGUCACGAAACGACCAACAAACCCCUCUAUUCAGUCCACGACAUGCUCAUCCAUUUGGAUACUGAACUGAAAAUCGAAGAACUCGAAAUGAUCAACAAGCUGCGAUACUUGAUGAACAACGGCAUUCGAACAAUGCAGGAAAUGGAGCUGAACACGCCCAGACACGAUGACAUGUUGGCCAUCCAGAUCAACAUCAAAGAUCAUCUGUUCAGUUUGUUAAACAUGGAGCGCAGUCCGAUUGAUCGCCAAGUGGCGCCUUGCCACAGCAGCUGGGGAACACCGGGCGGACUGGGACAAUUGAAGCCCAAUCUGGACAACGACGACCAGGACAUUUGGGGUCUUUUGUGGUUUGUUAAGGUGGCUGAUAUAGGUGAGCGUGACAAGGAUGUGCUCAAGAACUUGGAAGAUAUGGACCACAUUGUCUUUGGAUUGAGGCCCUUCGAAGCGAUCGCCUGCCUUUUAUGCGAAGCAGAGUUCCUCUUUAUCAACGAUCUCCGCCUCCACAUGAUUACUGCGAUGCAUAAAAACGAAGUCAGCCGCUUCCGAGAUCGUUUGGAGCCAGAGGAUUACGAUGACGACGAGGAGGAACAAUGAGCAGAUUUUAUAAGGAUUUUUUUCAGUUACCGUGUUGGAACAGUGUUUUAUUUUAUGAUUUUUUCUUAAUGCGGCCCAGUAAAGGUUGUACUUGGAAGUGCUGUUUAGUUUUAAAGUUGUUAGUUCAUAUAACUAACAUAUUCACCAACAUAUUGUAUAAAUUGAAUAUGUUAGUUCCUUUACCAUAAAUAAAGGAAACAUUUUCUCUAA